AGGGUUUCUUCCCACCACUCCUUCCCCUCCAACCCCAUCACCCGGCGGCGGCGGCGAGCGGCGAGCGGCGGAGAUGACGACGAGCCUGAAGAAGAACCGCAAGAAGCGCGGUCACGUGUCUGCGGGGCACGGCCGCAUCGGCAAGCACCGAAAGCACCCUGGAGGUCGCGGUAACGCCGGUGGCAUGCACCACCACCGGAUCCUCUUCGACAAGUACCACCCGGGCUACUUCGGCAAGGUCGGCAUGCGCUACUUCCACAAGCUCCGCAACAAGUUCUACUGCCCGUCGGUCAACGUCGAGCGGCUCUGGUCGAUGGUGCCCGCUGACAAGGCCGCGGAGGCCGGCGGCGACAAGGCCCCGCUGGUGGACGUGACGCAGUUCGGCUACUUCAAGGUGCUCGGCAAGGGGAUGUUGCCGCCCAAGCCCAUCGUCGUCAAGGCCAAGCUCAUCUCCAAGGUCGCGGAGAAGAAGAUCAAGGCAGCCGGCGGCGCCGUCGUGCUCACCGCAUAGGUCUUUUUACAUCUUGUUUCAUCUUUUUGUCUGCGCUAAGAGAACUUCUAAAUUUGUUGUGGAUCCUGCGUUGUGAGACAGCGUCACAUGAGUUAUGAAACCCCGGUUUUGUGCACUUAUAACGGAUGCCAGUUCAUUUCCUUGAGAUGUUUGUGAUA